AUGACUGGACCACUAACUGCCUUCAUCUUCCUGAGCACCUUGUCACAGAUGGAGCAGACUCACAGAGCUGUGUUCAGUCCAUCCUCAGCUUCAGUGGUCCCAGGACGCUCAGUGUCUCUUCAGUGCUCACUUCAGCCCGAAAAGAGCCAAAUCCAGUGUCCACAACAGCAGCAGAUCAGAGUGUGGAGGGGCGCCCUGUCAUGGCUGUUGGCAGCCUUGGCCCUGAGCCUCGUGCUGAUGGUGAUCUUGAGGAACAGUAAUAUGGAUCACUUCACCACCACUCCCGCUCCCCUGGACCUCCAGACUUUUCACCGAUUCAAUGUGGACUGCUCUGCAAUAUACGACAUGGACCCCAUGGAAGUGUGGAGAGCUUUAACAUUAAGGAAACACAUUGUGGAGGAAUCGGAUGAUGGCCUGGUCAAUCUCACAUCGAAUUGCAAUGUUUUCCUCAAGUCUAGAGGCUAUAACGAUGUAUGCUUGUCACAGGAGGAGAAAACCUUCCCAUUGGCGUAUUCAUUAGUUGUCCACAAAUAUGCCUGGAUGGUGGAGAGACUUAUCAAAGCAUUAUAUUCUCCUAACAAUAUUUUCUGUAUUCACUACGAUGAGAAGUCUUCAGAUAAGUUCCGUUCAGCAAUGGAAAGCUUGGCCCGGUGUUUGCCAAAUGUUAUGAUUGCUUCAAAAAGAGAAUAUGUGGUCUAUGCCAGCAUUACCAGAUUAAAGGCAGAUUUGCAUUGUAUGUCAGACCUUUUGAAGUCAGAGGUUAAGUGGAAGUACAUUAUCAACCUUUGUGGACAGGAUUUCCCCCUCAGACCCAAUACUGAAUUAGUGAAUGAACUAACCAAAUUAAAAGGUGCAAACAUGUUAGAGACUUGCAGACCUACUCCGUAUAAAAGUGAAAGAUAUAAGUAUCACCAUGAAAUUAAAGAUGUCAACCAUGAAUACAAACAAUUACCCAUAAAAACAGACAGAGAGAAGAAGCCACCGCCUCAUGGGAUUGAAAUGUUUACCGGCAGUGCUUACUUUGUCCUGUCAAGGGAAUUUGUGGAGUAUAUGCAAUCCUCUGAUGUGGUCAAAGAUUUUCUGGCUUGGUGUGAAGAUACCUACUCCCCCGAUGAACAUUUCUGGGCAACCCUUGCACGUUUGCCUGGUGUACCAGGAGAGGUUCCCCGGUCACACCCAGAUGUCACUGCUGAAAUGAGUAAGACGAGGCUGGUCAAGUGGUCCAAACUGGAGGGCCAUUUGUACCCACGCUGCACUGGUGUGCACAUACGGGGUAUUUGCAUCUAUGGUGUGGCAGAAAUACGCUGGCUACUUGACGACGGUCACUGGUUUGCUAAUAAAUUUGACCCCAAAAUAGACCCUGUUAUCAUUCAGUGCCUUGAGGAGAAUCUACAGAAAAGACAAAAGUUACUUCAGUCUCUUGCUUCAUCUGUGUGCUACUGAGGAAGGGAUUGUUCAUAAACUGUAGACCAGAAAAUAUACAAAACGUCCUGUUUAGAUUCAUUUGAUUUGGGCCACAAAGUCAUUUCUCCUCUUCUAAUUGGUGGGCGAAGAACAUUAGAUAUAUAGUACCUCACAAUGUUUGAAGUGCAGUUUUAGGGCAGGGCCCACAAUCUUAUUUAAUCAUAUUAGAUGAUGGAAAGGCUGUUUCAACACAAGAUUAGAUAAGAGAAGAAAUCCAAAAUGUCACACUGCAUGCACUGAGAAAGGGGUUGUUCAAUUAGUUUUGUUAGAUUUUUAAUAUAUUUAAUAUAUUUAUUUGUGAAAAUUAAUGGAGAAACACAUACCUUGUAUGUAGUGGGAGAAUAUUUUUAUGUAUGUAUGAUACAUUAUAUGGCAGUGAGAAUUACUGGAAAUCCAGUGUAAUGACGUCAUAAAUUGGGUUUAUUUUUUGUCACACUCAAGUCUGUCAAGACUCAGAAAGACUCAAAGAGAAAGCAUUAGUAGCUUCAUUAAAUUUGUUAACUUUGAUCCAACUGGAUGACCUUUAUAAGAUGUCUCCCCCCCAGGGCCUGGACAUUGGAGGGGGUAAAUGUAAGACAGAGGAGAGUGAAUGGGACGGUGAGAUGCUGGGGGGAUACUAGGGAGGAGGGAAACUUUAUAAGAGCCUACUCUUCAUGCAAGUUUGUGUACAGUCCAAUAUUAUUGUUGAAUGUUGCAAUGUGUUGGGUAUUUUCAUUCAGCCCAACCUCUUUGCAAAUUAGAUAUUUUGUGUAUAAAAAUAUUGUCAAUCAUCUGAGACACAAAUAUAAUAUAUUUAAACAAGA